GAAUCAUACACCAGAUGAAAGGUGAUUAUGACACUGCGCUGAAACUCCACAAGACACACCUGUGUAUUGCCCAGGAGCUGAGCGAUUAUGCUGCCCAAGGCCGUGCCUAUGGGAAUAUGGGCAACGCCUAUAAUGCUCUGGGCAUGCAUGACCAGGCUGUCAAGUACCACCGGCAGGAGCUGCAGAUCUCCAUGGAAGUGAAUGACCGAGCCUCACAGGCCUCCACACAUGGGAACCUUGCCGUGGCCUACCAGGCUCUGGGUGCUCAUGAUCGGGCCCUGCAGCACUAUCAGAACCACUUGAACAUUGCUCGGGAGCUACGAGACAUCCAGAGUGAGGCCCGGGCCCUCAGCAACCUGGGCAACUUCCACUGCUCUCGGGGAGAGUAUGUCCAGGCUGCUCCCUAUUAUGAACAGUACCUCCGGCUUGCUCCUGACCUUCAAGACAUGGAAGGAGAAGGGAAGGUCUGCCACAAUCUUGGCUAUGCUCAUUACUGCCUUGGAAAUUACCAGGAGGCGGUGAAGUACUACGAACAGGAUCUGGCACUGGCCAAAGACCUUCAUGACAAAUUGAGCCAAGCAAAAGCCUACUGCAACUUGGGCCUAGCAUUCAAGGCUCUGCUGAAUUUCAGUAAAGCUGAAGAAUGUCAGAAGUACCUCCUAUCCCUAGCCCAGUCCCUGAAUAAUUCCCAGGCUAAAUUUCGAGCGCUAGGAAACCUGGGUGAUAUAUUCAUCUGUAAAAAAGAUAUAAAUGGUGCAAUAAAAUUCUAUGAACAGCAGCUGGGCUUAGCUCACCAGGUGAAGGACAGAAGACUGGAGGCCAGUGCAUAUGCGGCCUUGGGUACUGCAUACCGAAUGAUCCAGAAGUAUGACAAGGCCUUGGGUUAUCACACACAGGAACUGGAGGUAUAUCAGGAGCUGAGUGACUUGCCGGGGGAGUGCAGAGCUCAUGGGCACCUGGCUGCUGUCUACAUGGCCCUUGGGAAAUACACAAUGGCCUUCAAGUGCUAUGAAGAGCAGCUAGAUCUAGGGCAGAAGCUAAAAGAUCCGAGUCUAGAAGCCCAGGUCUAUGGCAACAUGGGCAUCACAAAGAUGAACAUGAAUGUGAUGGAAGAAGCCAUUGGCUACUUUGAGCAGCAGUUGGCCAUGCUGCAGCAGCUAAGUGGAAAUGAGUCUGUGCUCGACAGGGGCCGGGCCUACGGCAACCUGGGGGAUUGUUAUGAGGCCCUGGGUGACUAUGAGGAAGCUAUUAAAUACUAUGAACAGUAUUUAUCUGUUGCCCAGAGUCUGAACCGCAUGCAAGACCAAGCCAAGGCUUACCGGGGCCUAGGAAAUGGACACAGGGCAAUGGGGAGUUUGCAGCAAGCCCUUGUGUGCUUUGAAAAGAGGCUUGUGGUCGCCCAUGAGCUUGGGGAGGCCUUCAAUAAAGCCCAGGCCUAUGGAGAGCUUGGAAGUCUGCACAGCCAAUUAGGGAAUUAUGAACAAGCCAUUUCCUGCCUUGAACGCCAGCUGAACAUUGCUAGAGAGAUGAAAGACCGAGUCCUGGAGAGUGAUGCAGCCUGUGGCCUGGGGGGCGUUUACCAGCAGAUGGGCGAGUAUGACACAGCCCUGCAGUACCACCAGCUUGAUCUGCAGAUAGCAGAGGAAACCAACAACCCCACAUGCCAGGGCCGAGCCUACGGGAACCUGGGCCUGACGUAUGAAUCCCUGGGUACCUUCGAGAGGGCUGUGGUCUAUCAAGAACAGCACUUGAGCAUUGCUGCACAGAUGAACGACUUGGUGGCCAAGACAGUGUCAUAUAGUAGCCUUGGAAGGACCCAUCAUGCCUUGCAGAACUAUUCCCAGGCAGUUAUGUACUUACAGGAAGGUUUACGGUUAGCUGAGCAACUAGGCCGAAGAGAAGAUGAAGCAAAAAUUCGCCAUGGUCUUGGCCUUUCCCUUUGGGCUAGUGGAAACCUGGAAGAGGCCCAACACCAGCUUUAUAGGGCAUCUGCUUUGUUUGAAACAAUCCGACAUGAGGCGCAGCUGAGCACGGACUACAAACUCUCCCUCUUUGACCUGCAGACGUCAUCCUACCAGGCUUUGCAGCGGGUGCUUGUCAGCCUAGGCCAUCACGAUGAAGCCUUGGCUGUGGCAGAAAGAGGACGGACACGGGCAUUUGCUGAUCUUCUCGUGGAACGACAAACAGGACAACAGGACUCCGAUCCCUACUCCCCAGUCACUAUUGAUCAGAUCUUAGAGAUGGUUAAUGGCCAGCGGGGACUGGUGCUUUACUAUUCCCUGGCUGCAGGCUACCUGUAUAGUUGGCUGCUUGCUCCUGGGGCAGGAAUUCUGAAGUUUUAUGAGCACUACCUGGGUGACAACACAGUGGAAAACUCCAGUGACUUCCAGGCCAGCAGCAGUGUGACCCUUCCAGCAGCAACAAGCUCGGCACUGGAGCAGCACAUUGCCAGUGUCCGGGAGGCCCUGGGAGUGGAGUCUUACUACUCAAG